UCUACAACAUUAACUGCAACAUUUAACAGUGCAGAAAAAGAGCUUCUCUCCCAUCCAUCCCCCCAACAAGCCAUAUUCAUUUCUCCUCUUCUUCUUCUUCAUCAAAGGUAAAAAAAAUGGGGAAGAAAAUGAAGCUUCCAUUUCUGUUCAGAACCUCAGAAGCAUGGCCGCCAUGGCCGAGCUGCGGCUUUAUUGGCAAUCCCAAAACCCUUUCCUUUCGAGCCGAUAGCGACAGUAACGCCAUGUUAAAGACUCUGAACUCGGCGUAUCUCGUUGAUGAAUGUUCCGUCUGUUGCGGUGAGUUUCCGCCUCCGCCGCCGCCGCCGCCGCCGCAGGCGGCGGCGGAAAGUUUUGGCGAUGGCGGCGAGUGUGUAGAGAAUGUGAUUCGCCGCUUGAGGUCGUCGGAGAGGCUGUUCUUCGAGCCGGGGGGAGCGAGAUCGUCGAAGCUGUUGGAGGAGGAAGAGCCGCCGCGGACGGUGGCCGGCGGCGGCGGGGAGAGUUUUGUGUUCAAGGAGAGCGUGGAGAUGGAAAUCGCGUCCAGGAACCCUUUUGCGGAUUUCAGGAGAUCAAUGGCGGAGAUGGUGGAAGCCCACGGCGGCGGGUUUCCGCACGAUUGGAAGUUUCUAGAAGAGCUCCUGGCUUGCUAUCUGAGACUCAACGGAAAAACCAGCCAUGGAUAUAUAGUUGGAGCUUUUGUGGACUUGCUGGUUGAGCUUUUCAUGGAUCAGAGUUUAGCCAAUGAAGAAUCUGACACCAUUAAUGUCCCUUCUUCUUCCUCAUCAUCAUCCACAUCUUCAAUCAAUACUUUUAAUAGCCAUUGUCAACUAUCUUCUUCUUCUUCUUCUUCAUCUUCUUCUACUACCCAUUCCUUCACCUCUCCUUUAUCUUUUUGUUCUUCUUUGUCCUUGCUAGAGGAAGCUGAGGAUGAGACUGAGAAAUCCAUAGACAAUGCAUCUUCUUCUUCAUCUUCAUCUUUGUCUCCACAUUUUUCUUGAAUUAAUUCCAAAAAAAAAAAGAAAAAAGAAAGUAUAAUAGUUUGUAUUAUACUGGCUGCCCUGGAUGGGUUGCAUUAUAUUAAUUUAAUUUUGUAUGUGGUAGACAUUUCCACUGGCUUCUUAAUUACUCACUGUAUGUAUGCAUGCGUGUACUUUUAGCCUUAUUUAUGGUACAUGAUGACCAUUUUUGAA